AUGGCAACGAACACGAACUCGUCCUGGAUCUAUAGAGAUGGCAAGGCUCGGGCUCUGAUCGGUCUCUCAAUUGAUGAUGGCCAAACAUGCCACGUCAUGCAUGCUGCCACAGCUCGCGAAAUGUGGUUGUCACUGAAGAACUACCAUGCCUGGUCAUCGCUUGCCACGAGAAUACAUGUUUUGCGGAAGCUCUUCCGAAUGUACUUACCGGAAGAUGGAAAUAUGGCCGAUAAUUUGGCGCAAAUCACGCAACUGGCCAACCGGCUGUUAAACAUGGGAGAUCCGCUGAAACAUUACUGGUUAGUUGCCAUCAUCCUGUCAAGUCUGAACGAGUCCUAUGACAGUCUGAUCAAAGUCCGGUGGAAGUGCUAG